AUGUACGGGUACCUGCUCAGAAAUAGGGUCAUCUUCAUAGGCUCAAGAAUCAAUGAUGAGACUGCCACACAGAUUGUUGCCUGCUUGUUAGCAUUGGAAACACUAAGCGAUUCGGAGGACAUAAAGCUGUACAUCAACUCUCCAGGUGGACAGGCAUACUCUGUCAUUUCCAUCUUGGACACCAUUGAGGCAAUCAAGCCUGACGUGGUCACCAUAGCUCUUGGGCAGUGCGCAAGCACAGCCACACUCCUUCUGGCGGCUGGCGCAAAGGGAAAGCGGUUUAGCAUGCCCAAUGCGCGCAUCAUGAUGCACCAGCCUGCAGGUGGAGCCAUGGGAUCGGCAGAUGAGGUCAACAUCCAGGCGUCAGAGCUCAACAGGACAAUGAAGGUGGUUCACAGGUUCUACGAGCGCUUCACAGGCCUGCCCCUGGACAGGAUUGAGGAGGAGACUGACCGUGACAACUUCAUGAACCCCAAGCAGGCCAUGGAGCUGGGACUCAUCGAUGACGUCAUCGUCUCAGCAGACCUGCCAACGCUUGCCACAGCCCAUGCGUGA